AUGUGGAAUGAAAAUACAAGUCAUUGGGAUGUCUUGCGAUUACCAUUUAGAGUUACAGCAAAAGGAAGUAAAAUCUUGGUGACUACACAAAGCAUGAGAGUGGCCAACAUUGUUGCUACUACUCCACCUUAUCAUGUACACACUUUAUUGCAUGAAGAUUGUUGGGCUUUGAUUAAGAAAAGAGCCUUCCCAAGCAUUGAGAUGGAUGAGUGCAACGAUUUGGCGGAAAUUGGCAUAAAGAUAGCAGAAAAGUGCCAACGGUUACCAUUAGCUGCAAGAAUCAUUGGGAGUGUUUUGCAUUGUAAAUCGGAUAGAAAUGAAUGGGAGUUUAUACAAGAUGAUUUAGAUCAACUAUGGGUGGCAGAAGGGUUCAUCCAACCCCAACCAAGGAGAAGAAUUGAAGAUAUUGGUAGAGACUACUUUGACAUUCUGUUGCAAAGGUCAUUUCUCCAAUUUCCACACCAUGACCAUAACAAUCAACUAGUGUAUAAAAUGCACACCCGCAUUCAUGAGCUUGCUCCAUUUGUUUCUGGGGAAUUAUGCUUUAGAAUGGAUGAUAAUAUUGACACGUCACAUCUAUGGCCUAAUUUCACAAAUGCUAGACACUUAUCUUUUGUUUCUGAUGGCAAUAACCGGCAGUCUUUGGAGUUGUUUUGUAAGUGCAAUCGCCUAAGAACAUUGCUGUUUUUUUCAUCAGAAAGUCAACGCCAUGUUAAUGAUAUCUCUUAUGAACUCUUUCUUAGUCUUCAUCAUAUCAGAGUGUUGAAUUUGAACUACACCAAUAUCAGUGAACUUCCUGAUUCUAUUGGUGCUUUGAAACACCUCCAUUACCUUGAUGUUUCAAACACAAAUAUUGAAAAGUUGCUAGAGUCGGUGACAAACCUACAUGGGUUGGAAACACUUAAGCUGAAAAAUUGUUUCAACUUUCUUCAACUUCCCAUUCACAUGAAGAAUCUAAUAAACUUGCGACACCCUGAAUUGGAUGUAAAGCGUCAAAUAACAUUUAUGCCAUCAAACCUUGGAAACUUGAGAAAUCUUCAAACACUAUCUGCCUUUAUUGUGGGCAAGGAGAAGGGGCAAGGGAUCGAGGAGCUGAAAAAUAUGAAUUUCCUGCAUGGAUCUUUGUGCAUCGCUAACCUUGAAAAUGUGUCAAGUGUCAAAGAAGCUGUCAUGGCCAGUUAG